GCACUGGCUGCUCCUCAUCAGGACAUUUUCUCCGGGCUGUGGGGGUAUAACAGCGUUCUCUCCUGCAUUGCCAUCGGGGGGGUCUUCUAUGUGCUCACGUGGCAGACACAUCUCCUGGCUGUACUCUGUGCACUUUUCUGCGCUUACAUGACUGCAGCGGUGUCAAAGCUCAUGUCUGUGCUGGCGUUACCCGCUGGCACGUGGUCGUUCAGCCUCUCGACCCUCAUCUUCCUCCUCAUGUCCUCUGAGAUCCGGGCCGUGUGCAGACUGCCUCUCUCUGCGGUCUCUCACCCCGAGGAGAACAGGAGACGGCUAAAGGAGAACGAGAAAUCUGAGCAGAGUCGACAGGAGGAGAGGAGGGAGAACGGAGGAACACGAUGGUGGUGGGUCUGACCCCCAGUGUAUCUGUGUGAUCUUUAUUGGGAUCCCCAUUAGCACUAAAGCAUGAGCAUUGGCUAUUCUGGGG